AUGGAAUACAAACUCCUCACAGACAAAGAGUCAAACCCAAAUACAAAGAAGACCAUCAGAAUAAGAUGGCAUAUGCCCCCUGAUGGUUGGUACAAACUUAACAUAGAUGGGGCAUUCAAAGCUAAGAAGUUGCAUUGUGGUCUAAGUGGAGUAAUUCGCAACAGAUCGGGAGAUUGGGUUGUUGGUUUCUAUAAUUACACACAUGCAGCAACCCCUCUACAGGUAGAACUAUUGGCACUGAAACAUGGCCUUCAACUCGUAUGGGAUCUCCAGCUGAAACCCUUGAAAAUCGAAACAAGCUCAACUGAUGUGCUCAAAUGCCUUGAUCAUGGUUAUCCAACAUACGGGCGGAGGAGCGCAGAAGCAGAAAUGGUCUGGUACUGGUUGAUCGUAGGUGCGGGUGUUGUAGCGCACCUGCGAAGCCGCAGGUACGGUCAUGGGCGCGCAGGUGCGGUAUGGUGCUUGAGCUGGGGAGUCCGUAGGUGCGGAGGUUUUCCGCAGAAGUGGAUACGCACCUGCGGUUGGAUGGCGGCAGAAGCACAAAAAGCUGGCCUUGGGGGAUGCCGUAUCUGCGAGGAAGCUUCCGCAUAA